AUGAGUACUAGAGGCGGCAAGGCAACCCGCCUUGCACCAGGUGCCCAGGUCAUGGCCCGGAAGCGCGGGCGAAAAACAACAUCUUGCUCCCAGUGCCAUGCUCGCAAGCAGAAAUGCGACCAGGAAAUACCAUGCUUCCGCUGUAUCCAGCGCGGAGUGCCCCAAUUGUGUCAGUGGCCGGGCAAGGAUGGGGAACCGAAGACAACACCAGGGGAGGGGGCGGCACCAGCCGACACCCAGGGAACGGAACUUGGCCAAUUAUAUAUAGCACGAGGGGCGCCGACUUUUUUCGGCAAUUCAUAUUUCGGACAUCAGGUGGCAGCACGAAUGAUUCACGAAUCCGCCCCAGACCUGCCUCCAAUGAGCCUACUAUCCACAAAUGACUCCUUGCAAUCAUUCAGAAAUGACUCGGGCCCAUUCUCACAAGUCUGGGAUCUGCUGGGUCUCCUACCACGGAAUAAAAUGACUGUCGACCGGCUUAUUGAGAGAUUCCUGACCGAAAUCAACUGGACCAUCGAUACGGUUCAUCCAGGCACUUUUAAAUCUCAGUUCGAAGAGUUCUGGGGGAGAAAAUUUGGAUUUGAUGAGAUUGCCGGUGUAGACCUUCGUUGGCUAGCCCUGCUAUUUAUCAUUCUCGCUUUUGGUGUUCUCUUGGAUGGCUCUGAAACACUCUCUCAGGAAAAGAGGAAAGAGAGAGAGGAAGCAUCGCUCCGCUUCUAUUGGGCCUCUAGGAGAGCCAUUGUUAUUUCCCCCUCUUUCCACGGAGAGAGCUUGGAUCUUGUUAGAGCGGGCCUGAUGGUGACCCGCUAUCUGCUUUACACUCGACAAGUGGCAGAAAGCUGGCUUACCAUCAGCUUCGCUAUGCGCAUGGCCCAGGCACAAGGCAUGCAUAUUGAUGGAGAAAAAUGGGGUCUUUCCAGAAAGGCUACUGAAAUUAGGAGAAGACUUUGGGGCAACCUGUACAUGCUGGACAAAGCGAUUGCACUGGCCCUCGGCAGACCAUAUGCCAUAUCGGAUCACAUGUGUCUCGUCCAUGCACCAGAGAACAUCUGGUUAGAUGACUUGACGGAUGAGCAGUCCUCAACCGUCACUGUACAGUCAUUGAACAAUCCUACUCCAAGUAGCGUUACACUCUUGGGAAAUGGAUUGGCCAAAAUCGCAGGAGAAAUCCAGGACCGAUGCUUUGGGCUUUAUCCAGCAUCUUACGCUGUGGUGACAGAGAUGGACGAAAAGCUUGUAGCAUGGAAAAAGCGACUUCCGGCCCAUCUUUCUUUGGAUGAUCCUGAUUUCUCUUGGGAUGAUUCAAAUGCCUUCCUGCCUUGGCAUCGCCUCUAUCUGCAUUCCGCAUUUCACUUUGCCCGAAUCACACUGCACCGACCAUAUCUCCUGCGGGAGUCUAUUACCAACCACUUCCAUCUCAGCCACGAGGCAUGCAUCUCAUCGGCAUCAUCUGAUCUUAAGAUUCGGCUGGAUUCACUCACUUAUGGGACCGCAGAAAAUAUGCGAUGGACCUUAGGCACCCAUAACAUGUUCAACAGUGCUUUGAUCCUUGGAAUCAUUGCCGUUCGUCGUCCGAAUGACCCACAGACUGCAGCUAUCUUGAUUGAUCUCCAGAAAUACUGCGAAAGACUACGAAAAGAUGUUUGGUUGAACGAAUUUGCCCUCGCUGAGGUAAAAGUCGUCGAGUUGUGCAUUGCCCGUACAAAGGGAUUCAAUCGAGCAACUGAUCAACUUGGGCAUGAACCUCACAUGGAGUCAAUGGAUACUGUGCUGGAUAUAACUUCUCAUGGGAGCCAUAGUGGAGAGCAUAGCAAUGGGAUGAUGGCAGCAGACACAAUUCCCGUGGGUUCCCCGGCACUUUGUGCAUUCCCCAUCAACUCGCCCGGCUACUCACCAAACAUGAUGUGGCCUGCAAUAUGGGAGGAUCGGAAUUUUGCAUUCCCACAGGCUACGGAUUUGGAAACAUGGGAACAAAUGAUUUCUGAAAUUGCAUAUCAUGACUAG